UCCACUCCCCAAAAAAACCGGUCGCCAUCCGACCGGAAUCGAAACCGUGCCCGAUGUGCGAUCGACCCUGAGAUGUGGCCUUCGGUCGCCCGGUCGUAACAGUAUCAGCGACAGUGGUGCAGGAGGGUGCGCAGGACGAUGCGGACUGGGCCUGUGUGCCUGAGGCAUCCAUGCUCUUGCAGACCUCCCUGCUACUGGAUCGUCCACCCAGGAUGGGACCCCAGAGGCAGUCCUUAGCAGCAUCUGCCACGAUUCUGUUUGAUCCGACCGACCACAGCUUUGAGAUGGCAGAGCAGAAGAAACUGCGGCUCUCCUUGGCCAUCGCCAGCACCAUGCUGGCCUUGGCCGUCAGCUGCCUCCUUUGCAGGAGAUGCGCCUUUGCUGAGGAUGAUCAGAAGAGGCGCCAGACCGACUGCCUGGGGCUAUGUCCUUGUGUGGUGCAAGGUGAUGUGCCCGACAGCGACUUGCACUCCUGGGAGGUGAGUGGAGAAGACCUCUUCGGGAGUUGCCCCUCGUGCUUGCCGUUUCCACGGCACCUCACUGCCCGGCAGUGGACUUGGCGCUUGGCCGAGAUCAACGUUUGGAUUCAGCUGGUGAGCACCGCCUAUGAGGUCCAUCGAUGCCUUUUGCUGCCACGAGCUGUGCUGAAAGAAUUACAACUCACCUUUGCGUGCUUGAUGUUUCUGGCCACGGUGAGCGCCGUGUGGUGGGUGCAUCAGCGAUCGGUCGGGCCUUUACUUCAGUGACUUGGAAGUUCUCCGAGGCUUUUGUGAGUUGGGUCGUGGUUUUGGAGAGGCUUGUGCUUUGGGUUGCUUAGGUCACACGGAUGCGACCUGAAAGGCCCCUUAGCAGCGUGUUUGCUGGAGGACACUUGUCAACAGUCCUGGUUGGACAAGUCCUCCUGCGAAGCUCCGGGCGCUGAUACCUGCGCAUCCCUCAAGCGCUCUUUUCCAGAGACGGGCGAGGGUGUCCGCACCUUCAUCCACGAUACCAUGGACAUCCUCCUUUUCCUCUUCGGUAUCGUGCCCAUUUUCAUGGCUGCUUUGGCGAAAGAGAGCCGCGGCUAUGGCAAGGCCUCACCGGAAGAUGCCAAGCCGGAGGCUCCUGAGCUGCCUGAGAGUGGUGCUUGGCGCAACAACGCAGGUUAGAGCAAGAGGUGUUUCAGACCAGGAGGCUCAAAGAGCCUCCGUAGGUUUCUGCGGGAGAGGAACAGUUGCUGCCGGCAUCCAGAAACCCAGCCAUGCUUUGGUGAAGACUUGAAGUUUGGAAUCCCUCGAUGUUGCACCUACGAACCCCCCUGAGGGAGG